AUGGUGUCAGCCAUGGAGCGGAAACGACAUGGUGUCGUCGACUUUGAUCAGCAACUUGUGGAGCAAGGCCAAUCAGACACACUAAGUUUCGACAGCUCAGACGACACCCUCACCUCCCUACCGACGAUAUCGAAGCUCGAAUCGACGGAUGCGAUACUAGAGAGAACGACUACUAUUGCCGAAAGCAACAACGAAGCGGAACGAUCAAUGUCGCUUCGCGAAGGCAUGCGCCUAUACCCCAAAGCGAUAACAUGGUCCGUGUUACUAUCGAUGACACUCAUCAUGGAAGGGUUUUCUACUAUUCUCGUACCCAAUCUGUUCGCAAUGCAACCGUUCCGGAAACAAUUCGGCACCUUACAAUCAAAUGGCUUGUACGAAAUUAGCGCUGACUGGCAAAGCGCACUUGUGAACGGCGGCCUGGCAGGGCAGAUCGUAGGGCUUUUUGCUACAGGAAUACUAGCCGAGCGAAUCGGGUACCGAUACACACUUAUGGUAGGGUUGGUGGCAAUGAGUGUGUUCAUACUCGUGCCCUUCUUUGCCACAGGUAAGACGGUUCUGUUGAUAGGACAGUGUCUACUUGGUAUGCCUUGGGGCAUGUUUCAGUGCAUAUGCACGGUGUAUGCUGCGGAUGUAUGCCCAGUCGCCUUACGAGCGUACCUGACUACUUAUGUCAACGCAUGUUGGGUCCUCGGCCAACUAGUAGCGUCCAUCGUGAUGCGCGGCAUGAUUAAUAACACCACCACAUGGUCCUACCGCAUACCCUUUGCGCUACAGUGGAUCUUUCCAGUGCCAAUCUUCUUCGCCGUUUACUUCGCGCCUGAAUCGCCUUGGUGGCUCAUACGACAAGAUCGCUUUGUGGAUGCGAUGAAGACAAUGCGUCGGCUGCGCACACAACCAGCAACCAUGUCGGACGAUGAGUUUGACAAAGCUCUGAACGGCGCAAUGGAGGCUAUGAUCCAAACGAACGAGAGAGAACAACAGAUGCAAAGUGGCACAAGUUACAAAGAUUGCUUCAAGGGAGUGGACCGGCGCAGGACUGAGAUCACGUGCAUGGUUUGGAUUAUCCAGACGCUGUGUGGCAGCACCUUCAUGGGCUUCUCCACCUACUUCUACGAACAAGCAGGUCUGGGCUCUUCCCACGCUUUCACGCUUUCACUAGGCCAAUUCGCCCUCGGCCUGGUCGGCGUCUUCAUAUCUUGGGCUCUCAUGGCACACUUUGGGAGGCGUACACUUUACCUCUCCGGACAAGUGAUGACUUUCAUGUUCGUACUGCUCAUCGGGAUAUUGGCUUGCAUCCCACAUCGCCACCACUUCGUCACCGUUCGCUCAGCGGUAGUAGGCACACCCUCUCAAGUCGGAAAUCCGCAUCCUACGGCACUCAACUGGUCUAUCGCAGCGCUACUCCUCGCCUUCACACUAGCUUACGACGCAACGCUUGGGCCUAUCUGCUAUGCCCUCGUCUCGGAAAUCCCUUCCACGCGUCUGAGAAGUAAGACGAUUGUUCUGGCGCGCAACUGCUACAAUAUCUCAGGCAUCGUCACAAACAUCAUCACGCCACGCAUGCUCAAUCCUACGGCGUGGGGAUGGGGAGCUAAGGCAGGCUUCUUUUGGGCAGGCACAAGUGUGAUUGGUAUUUUGUGGAGCUGGUGGCGGCUUCCCGAACCAAAGGGAAGGACUUUUGGUGAGCUAGAUGAGCUGUUUGAGAGGAAGGUUGCCGCGCGCAAAUUCAAGACUACGAACUUUACGGUUGGAGGGGCACUUAUCGCGAGAAGGGAGAAGAGUAGGGUAUAG